AUGGUCCGUCUCUCGGAAAAGGGCAAAGCGGCUUUAGACAGCAUCCUCACUAAGGCCAUCGAUGAUGGCAGAGUACCAGGUGCUGGACUCGUCGUCGGGACUGCAGACAAAGAGAUCUACUGUGGUGCAGCGGGCCUCCGAUCCUUCCAGGACUCGUCUGCAGGCAAGGUCGACGCCGACAGCAUCUUCUGGAUCUGCAGCCAGACUAAGCUCAUUACAACGAUCGCUAUCCUCCAACUCGUUGAACGCGGGCUCCUCGACUAUGACACCCCAGUCGCGCCGAUCAUCCCCGAGCUUGCCAACCCAAUCAUCAUCGCCGACCCCUCUUCGCCUUCUUCCACCUACGCCCCGGCAAAAAUGCCCAUCCUCCUGAGGCACCUCCUGAACCACACGAGCGGGUUGUACUACACGUCACACAAGAGGUCCCCAGAGGAUCUCGCCCCGGCGAACACCCGCAGCCCGUAUGAGGGCGACCACUCGGUGACGCAGUUCUUUAGGAUCUUGAGAUCGGGGCAGGGGGUGUUCGGUGAGGAGUAUAGGAGGGAGAAAGUACCCGAAGAUGGCUUGCCUGGGGUGCCGUUGGCGUAUGAGCCUGGGACGAAUUUUUCUUACGGAUGGAGUUCCGACAUUCUCGUAUUCAUGGUAGAAAGGCUGACUGGUCAGAAGAUGGAGGCUUACUGCAAGGAGCACAUAUUCGGUCCGUUGGAGAUGGAGACCAGUUUCUACCUGACCCCGGAGAAGAAGGCGAAGCUCGUGCAAUUGACAUACCGUCGACGCGACGGAACGCUCGAGAAAUGGGCAGAUCAAAUUGACAUCAUCGAGCAGGAUCCUGCGAAAUUGGAUGUCGUCUUGGGUGGCAUCGGCCUUUACUCGACACUGAGCGACUACCUCAAGCUUCUCCAGCACAUUAUCAGUAUCAACGCCGGCACUGCAACCCAAGGCAUCCUCAGUGCGAAGAGCGUCUCUGAUCUCUUCACCCCUACGCUACCCGAGCACGCCACCGCAGCGCUGUACCAAUUCACAAAAUGGGAAAACUGUCAAUUUGGCAUCGGGCUCUGCCUUGCCACCAAGGAUUGGUCGAAUGGGCGGAGGAAGAAAGGAUCGGGAUUCUGGUACGGCUGGGCGGGCACCAACUAUUUCAUGGAUCCCGCAACGGGUAUCGCAGUGGCCUACGGCACUCAGGUCGCACCCACCUGCGAUCCGGAGGUGGUCAAGCUUUGGGAAGAGCUGGAGGCGACUAUCUACCAAGGACUUGAGGCAUAA